CUUGCGGCGGAGUGGGACGAGGGCGCAGGAUCGCUGGCAGCCCGGUGGCCGAAAACCAGCUGUGCUGGUGGGUGCUCGCGAGUGCUCCGGUGAGUGCUGGUGCGCGACCCGCGUCCUCUGUCAACCCUGUCAACACUAUCGACACUAUAGGUACCGUUACCACUGAUCCGUCGGUAUUCCCGAUAUUCUCGAUAUCCUCGAUAUCCCCGAUAUCCUCGAUAUCCUCGUCGACGAUAUCGACACCGUUGACAGGUAACGCGCCGUGCCACCUGGCGGACACGCCAAAGCGGAUCUCGCGAAGGUCUCCAGGGAAGAUGUAGUGCCUGUCCCCGGAGAAGGUGACCUCGGCGCGCGGCCGGAUGCCCUAGAGGCGAGAAAAACCUAGAGCCCCCGAAGCCGUCGCCCGACUCGCCAGCUGGCUGCCGACCGUCGACAUGACGACGAGGGAGCUCUACGUCAAGGGUAGCCGAGUAUGGGUGCCGCAUCGGGAGAAGGUCUGGGAAGGAGCGGUGCUCCUGGAGGACUACAAGCUAAAUCGGAACACCGUCAGGGUGCAAACAGAGGACACGAAUCAGACCAGAACUUUAGUGAUCAAGUCCGACCAGGACCUACCUCCCUUAAGGAAUCCGGACAUCCUCCUCGGGGAGAAUAACCUUACGUCGCUGUCCUUUUUGCACGAGCCCGCGGUUCUCUACAAUCUCCAGAUCCGGUUUCAGCGGCACUGCAUUUAUACUUACUGCGGAAUCGUCCUUGUCGCGUUCAAUCCGUACAAUGAGCUUCCUAUCUAUGGAAACGACACGAUAUGGGCCUAUCGGGGCCAGGCGAUGGGCGAUCUGGAGCCGCACAUUUUCGCGGUCGCCGAGGAGGCCUAUACUAAAUUGGAGAGAGAAGGCCACGAUCAGUCCAUCAUCGUCUCCGGAGAGUCCGGGGCCGGCAAAACCGUAUCGGCAAAAUAUGCAAUGCGAUAUUUUGCUACGGUGGGCGGCUCGUCGACGGAAACGCAAGUCGAGAAGAAGGUCCUCGCCUCAUCUCCGGUCAUGGAGGCCAUAGGAAACGCCAAAACGACCAGAAACGACAAUUCAUCCCGAUUCGGAAAGUUUAUAGAGAUCCAGUUCAACGAGCACUACAAGAUCACCGGGGCAAGCAUGAGAACCUACUUGUUGGAAAAGUCAAGAGUAGUUUUCCAGGCAAACCAGGAAAGGAAUUACCACAUUUUCUAUCAGAUGUGCGCAUCCUCGAAGAAGCUGCCGCAUUUGCACCUGACACGACAGGAAACGUUCCAUUACCUGAACCAAGGAAACGAUCCCAAGAUCAGCGGAGUGAACGACGAAGCCUGCUUCGAUGACACGGUCACGGCGCUCAAUUUACUAGGCUUCUCCCCUAGGCAACAGGAUGAUCUUUUGCGAAUUUUGGCCGCCAUUUUGCAUCUAGGGAAUGUUAACAUUGUGCCAAACACCGAUGCCCAGGGUGAGCAGGGCACGGUGUCCGAUGAUACCGAGGGCUGUUACAUCGCGACGUCCGACAAACAUUUACUGAUCAUCGCCGAGUUGCUGGGGAUAGACGUGAACGCCAUGCGAAAAUGGCUGUGCCACCGGAAGAUCGUCUCGACAAGGGAGACGUUUCUGAAGUCGAUGAGUGCAGAGCAAGCGACAGCUGCCAGAGAUGCUCUGGCCAAGCACAUCUACGCGGAGCUUUUCAACUGGAUAGUGGCGGGUAUCAAUAACUCCCUUCAGUCCCAGAGCAAGUCGCAGUGCUUCAUCGGGGUCCUCGACAUCUACGGAUUCGAGACUUUCGAGGUCAACUCCUUCGAGCAGUUCUGCAUAAAUUACGCUAACGAGAAGCUGCAGCAGCAAUUCAACCAGCAUGUGUUCAAGCUGGAGCAAGAGGAGUACCUUAAGGAAGAGAUCGAGUGGACCUUCAUCGACUUUUAUGAUAAUCAGCCCUGCAUCGACCUGAUAGAAACGAGGCUGGGAAUAUUAGACUUGCUGGACGAGGAGUGCCGAAUGCCGAAGGGAACCGAUUGUUCCUGGGCGGAGAAGCUUUAUGCGAAGUGCGGAAAGUCGAAGCAUUUUGAGAAACCGAGAUUUGGAACCGCUGGAUUCAUCAUUCUCCAUUUUGCGGAUCGCGUCGAGUACGAUGCCACGGGAUUCCUGGAGAAAAAUCGAGACACCGUCAUCGAGGAGCAAAUUGACAUCCUGAGAGAUGGCCAUAACAAGUUGCUGAAGAGGCUGUUCUGCGACGAGGACCCGAAACUGGCGGUGCCAAACGCUAGGGUCAAGAUCUCAGCUCAGAAGUCUACACCCAGUGCCCCCAAACAGAAUAAGAAAACGGUGGGCUCGCAGUUCCGAGACUCCCUGAACCUUCUGAUGGCCACGUUGAACGCGACAACGCCUCAUUACGUUCGUUGCAUCAAACCGAACGAGACAAAGGAGUCCUUCGAGUACAACCCCGUGAUGGCGGUGCAGCAAUUGCGAGCUUGCGGAGUCCUGGAGACGAUCAGGAUCUCGGCUGCGGGAUACCCGAGCCAAAGGACCUAUCCCGAAUUCUUUCAGAGAUACCGAAGUCUCUGCAAGUUCAAGGACAUCAAGAGGGACGACCUGCGGGAGACAUGCCGGCGAAUCCUGGCGACCUGCAUCAGAGACGAGGACAAAUUUAAAUUCGGGAAGACGAAGGUGCUCUUCCGGGCUGGCCAGGUGGCCUACCUGGAGAAACUACGAGCAGAGAAACAGCGAGAUGCUUGCAUAAUGAUCCAGAAGAGCGUCAGAGGGUUCAUAUGCAGGAUCAGGUACAGGAAGAUCCGCAGAGCCAUUCUUGGCUUACAGAGGCAUGCUAGAGGAUACCUCGCCAGGAAGAAGGCGCAGGAAGUACGAAGGCAGAGGGCUGCUGUGAAGAUCCAGAGGUAUGUCAGAGGCUGGCUGAAGAGGAAGUGGUUCCAACAGGUGAGACACACCGUCCUGGGACUCCAGAAAUACGGAAGAGGUGCCAUCGCUCGCGCGAAGUUCAGAAGGAUGCAGGACGAUGCUGCUGCCACUGUUAUUCAGAGAUACGCGAGGGGAUAUUUGGUCAGAAAAGCCUGCGAGAAGAAGUUGAGGGACAUCGUCAUUGUACAGUCUUGUGCCAGGAAGUACUUGGCUAAGAGAGUCUUCAGGAGGCUGAAAGCCGAGGCUAGAAGUGUGGAACACGUCAAGUCGCUCAACAAGGGCCUUGAGAAGAAGAUCAUCAUGCUGCAGCAGAAGAUCAAUGAGAUGGCGAAGGAGAAUCAGCAUCUAAAAGCGGCUCAGCACGAAGUGGGCGAGCUCAAGUCCAAGCUGGAGGUCUUCAAGACCGUAGAGUCGGAGAACAAGAAGCUAAAUGGUGCUCUGGCUGAGAAGGAGCGCGAGAUGGAGAAAAUAAAAGAGGUUGUCCAGAAGGAGAGAGACGAAAAGAUGGACAUUCUGCAGGACAAGGUGAAAACCGCCAAGUCGAAGGAGGAGGAGAUGCAGAAGAUGCGCGAGGAGAAUGAGAAGCUGAAGCGAGACCUCGGAGCAGCCACCGAGAAACUGAAGACGAACCUGAGAGGUGCCGAGGAGAAUCUGAAGCACAGAUUGGAGCAGGAGAAAGAUCUACUUUUGCUUGACCAGGAUCAAGACAGAGGCGCUUACCAGAGAUUAUUAAAGGAAUACCACGAGCUGGAGCACCAUGCUGAAAUGCUCGAACAGAAACUCGCCCAGCACGUUCCUGGGCAUUCUCGCUCUCUCAGCAAUGCGUCCAGCAACAGCGGGGUUGCUCCCAACACGGAAGUUCCCCAGGACGAUCAGAACACCGAUUUUGGUUACGGUUCGGUGAGAUCCACAGCAUCCUCGUCGACCGUGUACUCCAGAGUUGAGACCAUAGACUGGAGCCAGCAACGUUCCGACAGUCCUCCGGAAGUGGACACCAGGGUUGGAAAAUCUCCUUUGGAAGCGAAUGGUCCAGCUCAACCACCAGUAGACGUAGGUCUCGUCCUGAAGCUGCAGCAAAAAUUGAAAGAUCUUGAAAGAGAGAACCACAGGCUCUUCAGGAUGGUCGACGAGCUGGAGCGCGACACCUCCGAGGAGGCGUCCAGGACGCAAGAUUCAUUCAGGCUUCAAGAAUUGGAAAUGGAGAACGAGAAAUUGAGGAAAGAUUUGGGCUCUCUAAGACAAACGGUCUCCGAAGCAGAUUCCACAACUGCUCAACAAACUCUGAUGGGACAAUUCGAGGCGCUUCACGAAGAGCUCGCUCGACGUAGAGAAGAGUGCAUCCAGCUUCACAGCGUAUUGGCCGAUCAUACCCGAAGAAUGAAAAGUUUAGGUUCGAAUUACGGAAGGGACGUCGACAUCAUAAACGAGGACGGGGAGCUGGUGCUGGCCUUCGAAGCCCAGAAGAAGAUAAACAGACAACUGGAAGACGAGCUGCAGUCCAAGGAGAAGGGAUGGCGAAGCCAGCGAGACGAGUGGCGUGGAGAGAUGGACAGGUUGCAAGAGCAAAUCCAAAAGCAAGAGAAACUGCUCUCCUUCAAUUUGAACAAAUCUCCUCAAACGCAGACCGAAGCGUACAUGCAGCACGAGAUCACCAGGCUGGCGACGGAGAACUUGGAUCUGCAGGAGAAGUACGACAAACUGGCCGAGGAAUGCCGGAAGCUGAGAAAGCAGUGCAAGGUCCUUGCGAAACGCCUCAGGGAUGCUGGCUGCGACGAAGACGAUAAGGGAAACAAGACUCGUCCUCACGGCAUAAAGAGUGCCGUGCCAGACAGCGUGGAGUCUGUAAAUGACGCCGUGGUCUCCACAACAACGCAUUCAUCCGGUGAAAGCGGAAGUAACAUGCCGGCGAUCAGAAAGAAAGAAAGAGACUACGAGGGGAUGUUCGAGUUCCGAGCGGAGGACAUCGGCGUGAUAAUUCGACACCUCGUGAUAGAUCUGAAGCCCAGAGUGGCGGUGACCUUGCUGCCUGGUCUCCCAGCCUACAUCCUCUUCAUGUGCAUAAGACACACCGACUGCAUAAACGACGACGAGAAGGUACGCUCCCUUCUGACGGAGUACCUGAAUGCGGUGAAGCGCGUUAUGAAGAAGCGCGAGGACUUCGAGUCGAGAGUUCUGUGGCUGAGCAACAACCUGAGAUUGUUGCACACCAUGAAGCAGUACUCCGGGGACAAGCCCUUCCAGAUAGAGAACACCCCUCGGCAGAACGAUCAGUGUCUGCGUAACUUCGACCUCAGCGAGUAUCGGACCGUCCUCAGUAACGUGGCCCUGUGGAUCUUCAACAACAUCGUGACCAACCUGAAGGAGCGCAUCCAGGCGUUGACGGUGCCUGCCUUGUUGGAGCACGAGGCGAUCUCUGGAUUGAACUCGAACAAGCCAGGUCGACCUCGCUCCUCGUCGAUGGGAGAGGAGCCGGACUCCACCCAGCAGAAGCUGGACAAGCUCCUCGACGAGCUCAGCUCGGUGCAUAAGAUCCUACAGUACCACGGGGUGGACCCGGAGAUCAUCGUGCAGCUCUUCAAGCAGCUCUUCUACUUCAUGUGCGCGAGCGCCCUGAAUAACCUGUUGCUGAGGAACGAGCUGUGCCACUGGACCAAGGGCAUGCAGAUCAGGUACAACUUGAGCCAUCUUGAACAGUGGGCGAGGGACCAGAAGCUCGUAGCAGCCGCGGAAGCUCUGCAGCCCAUCAUUCAAGCCGCCCAGCUCCUGCAGGCCAGGAAGACGGACGAGGACGUGCAAUCCGUCUGUGACAUGUGCAAUAAGCUCACCGCUAAUCAAAUUGUGAAAAUCCUGAACCUGUACACCCCGGCGGACGACUUCGAGUUAAGGGUCCCGGUUUCGUUCAUUAGGCAGGUACAGGUCAAGCUGAACGAGCGAGGGGAGAACAACGACCAGCUCUUAAUGGACCUGAAGUACUCCUACCCGGUGCGGUUCCCAUUCAACCCGUCGAACAUCCGGCUGGAGGACGUCGAAAUCCCCGAGGUGCUCCACCUGCACAUGCUCAAGAAGGUCUAGAUUGUAAAUUUAAGAAUCCACGUAUUUGCGGGGCCAGUGCUGGGCCAAGUACCACUCCGGAUAUUAUACGUCGCACGACUCUUCAGCUUAUCCCACGAAGUAUCUAUAUCGCAAAAAUCGUACUUCUAAGUGACUAAUCGAGCAGCUUCUUCCAGGUCAUGUUAUCCGGACUAGACAUUGCAAGAAGCCUUGCAACUUGAAAUGUAGACUUCUAUCGAAUCUCCGAGGAUCUCUUUGACAGCUAAAAAAAUUAAUUUCUGCAUUUAUUAAUCACUUAAAUACAUUCCACUCGUAAUAGGGACUUGGAACGUUCUAACUGAUUAAUUAAGCAGCUACGUUGAGAUCAAGUUAUCCGGUAGGCACUGCAAAAAGCCUUGCAACUUGAAACUUCUAUCGAGUCUCCGAGGAUCUCUUUGAUAGCUAAAAAAAAUUAAUCGCUGCAUUUAUUAGUCACUUAAAUGCAUUCCACUCGGAGUAGGGACUUGGAACGUUCUAACUGACUAAUUAAGCAGCUACGUCGAGAUCAUGUUACCCGGCAGGCACUGCAAAAAACCUUGCAACUUGAAACGUAGAUUUCUAUCGAGUCUCGGGGGAUCUCUUUGACAGUAAAAAAAUUAAUUUCUGCAUUUAUUAGUCACUUAAAUGCAUUCCACUCGGAGUAGGGACUUGAAACGUUCGAAGUGACUGAUUAAGCAACUCCUUCCAGAUCAUAUUGUCUGGUAGGCACUAUAAAAAGCCUUGCAACUUGAAACGUAGACUUCUAUCGAAUCUCAGGGGAUCUCCCUGAAAGCUAAAAAGAUCAAUAGCUGCGUUUAUUAGUCACUUAAAUGUAUUCCACUCGGAGUAGGUACUCAAAACGCGCAUUCCAAUUGUUCCUUAGACACUUCCGACGUACCGCUUCGACUACGGCCCAGCGUUGGUAUUAGUGGGCAUUAAUUAAUCGAUGAUCGAGUUCGAUAUUAAAUUCCGCUUAGGCCGCUUCGUCGCGAUGAGGAAGUGCCGCCGAGGCGUUUUCUACGCGAUUUUCGUUAUCUCAUUUCUCUUCCUAUCUUUAUUCUUUUUACUCGAGUGAUAAUUUGUACUUACGGAAACCUAAGUGCGUACUUAAACAGGCGCGCUUCCGCCGUGCCGAGCAUUAGAAUUUCUAGUAGACCUAUGAUUUUUCACUUGAGUCUACAAGGCAUACAGGCACAUAUCUUUCUUCGUCAAGCGUCAAUUUCCGGGUGUUUUGGCGAAAAGUAUGCGAAUCUAAAUCAGGGAUGGGCUAACGUUAAGAGGGCCCCCUCAUUAGGUUAAGCUUCGUCUCUAUCGAAUCGGUAUUUAUUGGUGCACUAGGUGUCGCAAUUAACCAGUUAGAACCACGCCUAAUUAUUCCCAAGGAUAAGGAGUCGCGGUGAUCUAACGCGAGCAAUAAUUGUAUAAAUAUGUAUUCAGCGUUAAUUAUGCCCGUCUCUGAUUAAACGGCGUGCUAAAGAGCUUUGUAAAGGACCCUCUUUACCGAGUGAGCUUACCGACAUUACAGUUUCUUCUUUGUCCAUCAGCCUUGGUGGGACAAAGAGUCGCUUCUUCGCGUAAAUACCUGAACCAGGGAGUAUGUUUUUCUUCAUUAUUAUAAAUCCUCAUGAACUAGCGAUGUUAUUAACAAAUUAUUUCUUCGAUACUACUUGUACCGUCUGGAGGAAAAAACAAGAUGGCGAGAGGUGCUUUUAAGGUAACGCUCUUUAGAACGGAAGUAUUUUAUUACCGCUUGUUUCUUCAUCUCCAAAAAUCCUGAGAAAUUAAUCGGAUCGGUUAACUCACCCGGUAACGAUGGCUUGUAAAGUGCUUCGAGACAGUGUAUUAGCUAUGGAGCUAGAUAAGGAGGACGAUAAGGAAUCCUUUGGUGGUUUGUAAAAAGGAAAGUAGCCUUAGCGUAGCAAUUUAGUUGUACCAUACAUUGUAGGGUCAUUACUUGCCCUCGAUUCUCGACGAUGCUUCGACAGGCUCUAAUUAGCCCUCUGUAUAGACGAAUGCCGAGUAUUUAUACAUAGCCUUAAAGUUAAUCGUUAAUGUAAAAUCCAACGAGAGAAUGUCUAAAGAGUGAAAGAGAGUGCGCAAGAGAAUAAAAGAAGAACUCACAUCACCUUCCAUUUUAUAUGUAUAUCAUGCGAAUAUUAUAUUGAGUAGACUGUAUAUUUUGUGAUACGAGAAAGAAGGAGAAGAGAGAUAUUAUCGAAGAGCCGGGAGAGAAGGAGAGAGAUAUUGAAUUGUGAAUUAAGACAGAGGUAUAUUAUACAUAUAUAUAUAUAUAUAUAUUAUAUAAAUUGUUAUUGCGUUAUAUCGUUUAAAGAGCGCAUGACCGUACCGACUGCAGAUAGUGCCAUUUUACUAUUAGAUUCGUAGGUACGUCAUAGCUCGAUACCUGUUCCUCGUCAUUCAUCGAUGUGCGAUUGACCUUUACACGUGUAAGGAUGACACACUUGCGCAGUAUAGGGCUUUGACUCCUGUGUGUGAGGGCCUUGGGAAUGAUAACACGGGUGCACACGUUAUGUACUUGGGUAAAACGCUUGCCGCGUCACGUAGAACCUGAGACUCUGCAUCACUGUACGUCCGAAUAUUGAGAAAUAAAAUCUACACAUGACGUUUCACUUC